AUGGUAGAGCUGGAUAAAGUGUUUUCGUUCCAAAUCUUCUUUAUAUUCUUGCGAGAAUCGUUAGAAAUCAUUGUGAUUGUUUCUAUCCUGCUGACGGUUGUCAAACAGGCGCUACUUUCGAAUGAGGAGUGUGCUGGCGAUGCAUCCGAGACUGCAAGGCUUACCAUAGAAGAGGAGGAGAUGCAGGAUACGUCUACAGACCAAUCCAGUACGGAAAUUGACAACAGACAGUUGUACAAAAAACUCAAAAUCCAGAUUCUUUCCGGAGGCGCUUUGGGACUAUUGUGCUGUCUUUUGGUUGGAGGAGCGUUUAUCGUGGCGUUCUACAUCAUCGGGACCGACUUGUGGUCCGCAAGUGAGCAUUAUUAUGAAGGAGUGUUAAGUACCGUGGCAUCGGUGAUCAUUUCCGUUAUGGGGCUGUUUUUCCUGAGAAUGGGCAAACUGAGAGAGAAAUUCAGAAUCAAGUUGGCGACAAUCAUCUAUUCCGAUCGUAGCAAGAUCUUGCAGGACAAUGGUCAGAAAGCGGUGAAAUUUAGCGAAAAAUACGCUUUAUUUAUCCUACCUUUCGUAACGGCUCUUAGAGAGGGACUUGAAGCUGUCGUUUUCGUGGGAGGCGUUGGAAUAGAUCAGCCACUCUCGUCAAUUCCUUUGUCCAUGUUAGCCGCCACUCUGAUAAGUUCAAUUUUUGGUUACUUUUUCUUCAAGUCAUCCAAAUCCUUCUCUUUGCAGGUGAGUCUGGUCGUUACAACGUGCUUCCUAUAUUUAAUUGCAGCCGGACUAUUCUCCAAAGGUAUUUGGCAAUUUGAUGUUCAACGCUAUGUCAACCUUUGUAACGGGCAGGACAUGGCCGAAGUGGGCAAUGGGCCAGGGUCAUAUGAUAUCAGCAGGUCUAUCUGGCAUGUGAACUGUUGCAAUGGUGAAAGAGACGGCUUGUGGAUGAUUUUCACCGCAAUCUUUGGGUGGACUAACAGUGCUACGUACAGUUCCGUCAUCGCCUAUAACGUCUACUGGUUGGUAAUAAUCGGCGCUAUCAAGACAUUGCUGGUCGAAGAAAAGCUGGGAUACAUCCCAUUCGUACCAUUAAAAUUACAGAAGCGUCGUAUCCAAAACAGGAUGCGUGCUUCUAAGAAAGCCAUAGAUUUCAAACAACUUUCACAGCCUACAACUGCCUCUCCUGUGAUAUCAGAUUCAUCUGACAGAAGAAUUUCAAAAGAUAGCCAGACAAGUUCAUCUCCGCUCAUUCCUGACAAUAUCAAUAAGGGUCCCAAUAAAGGUUCUCAUGCAUAG